CGCAUUCUCGCAUUGCCACUGCUGUUGAUCCGACUUCAUAAAAUCAACGCAGCUGAUUGUGAGAAAAAAGUUCGUCGUGAAUUGAAAUACAUAGACAGCGUUGACAGGUGAAUUGGUGAUUGAGUUGGAGUGGAAAUUGUAUUAAAGAAUAAAGGGCUGCUGAAGCAACUUUGGUGGACAUAAUGAUGCUGCGAGACUCUUUUUCAGAGGCUCAGCCAGAGCAACCUGAUCAUAGCAGCAUUGUCCCUUCUGCACCAUCUUCUGGUUUUGAUCAAGAAGUGGAGCAAACAGGUGCUGCGCCUCUCACAGAGAAGAGUAGUCCUGCUAAGCCUAUUGUCAGUCUCGACGACUGCACUAAUAGUGUUGAUGAUGAUGCCACAAAUUUUGAAGACAAUCUUUUUCUUCACAAGGAAACCGGCUCCCGAGUUAAACAAUACGUCAACAAAAAGAAGAUUAGGCGUGACACAAAAGAAGAGCAUUUUGAGAAAAUUGAUCUUGACUCUGCUACCAAUGGAGAUGGGUCAAAGCUCAAUUACUACGCUGCUGAACCUAAGUGCGCCAUGCAUGGUGUAUCUGACUGCAACAGCUCCAACUGUCACAGAAAAACGCAGACUCGUAUGAACAUGGUGCUGAAGACCAGCAGAAAAUCAUUUCCUCCACACCUUUACGCUAAAGUGAUGUCGAAAAAACACGGGAGGAUGGACGAUCUGUCCGUCAGCAGCUUUGCCGACCUGGGCAUGUACAAAGUCGGCUCACCUCUGAAGGAUGUCAUCAGAAGGAAACAGCCAGUCUUCUACGGCCCGCCCAACAGACGAGGCCGGCGACCACGCGCUACAAAGGAGGAACAGAACGGGCGUGAACACCGCCUCCUCCCGAUGCAUAUCACAAUGCCCGCAGAGAUGGUCAGCAGUUUUGUGUCGUCGGCAAACCAAUGCGCACCUGAGCCACCCUCCAUCAGCAGCAGUCCAGCCUGCCUCACGUGCCCUUCCCUUGACCUGGACAAAUUUAAGAAGGUUCCUCAUGGGAUUGGGCUCCGUGAGCAGCUGAUGGGAGACUUCAGCGCCAGGCCUGUCAGAACCAGGGGAAGGCCACGGAAGGAUAUUGCGAUUGACAAUGCAGAUCACUGUGAGGAUGGCGCAGCUGAAGAGUGUGGACCAGACAAGGAACCGAGUGCAGCUGAAAAAGAAGAAGUUCAAGUAGCUCAGGCUGAAAAAUCAGUUACCAAACGCAGAUCUGAAAAUAGACAUGUGGCUUUUCAGCUGGGGGAUCAGGAGAUGAACGGAGAUCCAGAGAAUAAUUGUUAAGCGAUUGGUUGCUUGUUUUGAUUAGAAAUGAACAGAAAUGAAAUGUGUCCUAUUUCCUUGGGAAAAUAGUUAAGUUAUUACCUAGAGAAUUGUUGAAAGUAACUCUCAGAAAGUUAAUAAUAUGUCAUGUAAGUUAGUAAAAAUAUUCAAAAUUAUUUAUCAUUCACUCGGAUAUAAAUAAAGUGA